CAGAGAGCCGCGCCUCCGCAGUUGGCGUAUGUUUACGCGGGAAAACGACGUACGCCGCACGCCGUGCUUCGGCCAACUAUAAGUCGCUGUUAUUUUUUUUAUUGUUUACAUUUUGAUGUAACGGGGCAGUGUUUUGUUGAGUUUAGCUUUGAUUUUUUUUCUUGAGGAAUCAUAAUGGAAGAUGAAGGCGAUAUGCCAGUAAAGGACGGCGCUAAGCGCCCUCUGAUAGGAGUCAUCGACGAUGGAACCAAGACUGUUAGAUUUGUAAUAUAUGAAGCAGAGAGGUCGGAAGAGCUGGCGGCCUACCAGCUGGACAAGACUGAGGUGCAGCCGCAAGAAGGAUGGUGGGAGCAGGACCCUCAUGAGAUCUUGCACCACAUCAGGAUGUGCGCGGAGCAGGCCAUCGGGCAGUUGACUGAAUUAGGUUAUUCCAAAGAAGACGUUGUGACACUAGGCAUCACCAAUCAGAGAGAGACGACGAUAGCAUGGGACAAGUUCACUGGCGAGCCGUUGCAUCCAGCCAUAGGAUGGAAUGACAUCCGGACAGACUCCACCGUUGACGCAAUAUUAGCCAAAGUGCCUGACAGAAACAAGAACUAUCUGAAAAGCAUAUGCGGUCUACCGAUCAGCCCGUACUUUUCGGCGCUGAAGAUGAGGUGGUUGAAGGAUAAUGUGAAAGCAGUCAGAAGGGCGAGCAGGGAGAAAAGGUUGCUGUUCGGCACUGUGGACUCUUGGAUCAUUUGGAAUUUAACAGGCGGUCCUCAAGGGGGGCUACAUAUCACAGACGUCACCAAUGCGUCGAGAACGCUACUCAUGAACCUUGAGACUCUGAAUUGGGACCCGAUGCUGUGUAGGUUGUUUGGUAUACAUCGCGAUACUCUGCCUCAAAUCCGGAGCAGUUCCGAAGUGUACGGUUCCGUGAACGAUGGAACUAUACUCGACGGCAUCAGUAUAUCAGGUAUAUUAGGCAACCAACAAUCAGCUUUGGUCGGUCAGAAUUGCUUAUUAGCCGGUCAGGCAAAGAAUACGUACAGAAGCGGUUGCUUCUUGCUAUACAAUACCGGCACAAGGCGGGUGCAAUCGACGCACGGUUUGCUGACUACAGUGGCGUACAAACUUGGACCGAAUUCACCUGCCGUUUAUGCUUUGGAGGGCUCGAUAGCCGUAGCCGGUGGCGCUAUGAAGUUCCUCCGAGACAACUUGAAGCUCAUAAAGGAUAUACCCAAAGACACGGAACAUAUUGCCGGCCAAGUGUUCUCUACCGGAGAUGUUUACUUCGUGCCCGCAUUCAGUGGAUUGUACGCCCCGUAUUGGAGAAAGGACGCGAGAGGAAUCAUAUGCGGCUUGACGUCAUUCACCACUAAAAACCACAUCAUCAGAGCCGCAUUAGAAGCUGUUUGUUUCCAAACUAGAGAUAUUUUGGAAGCGAUGCACAAGGACUGUGGGAUGCCUCUAACAAAACUCCACGUGGACGGCAAGAUGACUUCCAAUGAUCUCUUGAUGCAACUGCAGAGCGAUCUCAUUGGAAUGCCAGUUUUGCGCGCCCACUCGUGGGACAUGUCGGCACUGGGCGUGGCCGUAGUGGCCGGCGCAGGCGCUAACGUGUGGAGCUACGAGCGCUGGCGCCGACACGCCACUGCGGCUGAUACUUUCCUGCCCACUGCCACCGACGACGACCGCGACGCGAGAUACACCAAAUGGAAAAUGGCUGUGCAACGCUCCCUUGGAUGGGCGACUACGAAAAAAUCUAUCACAAUGACAGGUCAGGCUAAAAGAAAGGAAAGUUUUAUACAGCUUUUACACAACCGCGGGAACGUUAGUCGCAAAAACUCUAUAAUAGACAAUAAUGAUGACCUACCCGAGUCUAGGAAAAAUUCUUUAGCCAGUUCUAGUAGGCGACAAUCUUUGUAUGAAAGCUCUAACGGAGAGCAUAGUAGAGAGAACUCGCUGUUCGAAUACUCUAUGGAACCUAAUAGUACAACGCCAUCUAGCGACAGCAGGGCUUCCUUCGAAUAUCCCGAAGACGGCGUAAACGCUUACGAAGAACUACUCAAAUAUUCCGCGCGCAAAUUCUCAGUUAUCGUACCUUUGAAAUGUAGAAAACCCGAACAAACAAUUCUAGAUGACGCCGACUAUUUUAACGCUAAAAAGGAGUGCGACUAUGGCAUGUGCGAGUGUUGCCCCGUCGAGAAAAAGAUACAGACUAACUGGGAAUCUAUUGAGGAGAUAAUCGAGAACGAUCCUGAAAUUAUAUUCGAUUCUGAUCACAACCCGAUUAUAGUUGAGCCCGUGCGCGAACCGCAUAACGAUGAUCAUUUGGAAAAACUACCCUCCGUUUUUAAAACUAUUUACAGUAAACUUUCACCUAGUACUUUAACGUGAUCUCCCUUUUGUUAUUCUUUAGAUGUAAUUUAUUAUUCGAAUGAGUAUUAUGUAAUCGAAUAUAUGUUAUAAAGCCUGUUUUUCCUUGUAGGAGUUACCGUUGAAGAUAUUAUAGUUUUAGGGUCUAGAGUUAGGUAGCAUUAUAACCUUUUAAUUUUUAUCAUAACGAUGUCCUGUUGUACUAUGAUCGAUUCUUGCAUUGUUCUCCAAAACUAUAACUUAAUUUAACAUCAGUGUCUUCUUUUCAUUCUAUAUAGAGAAGGACAAUGAUACACUGUUUUCUAAUUAAAUUUAAGGUUUAGAGUAACAAGCCAGAAUCGACCCAAAUGAUGGCGCCUUAGUAAAAUAGAAAAUGAUUAUAAUUUAAUGAUAAAUUUAUGAACUUCUGUACUUAACUUUGUUAUGUUUGUUGUAAUUCGGUCUGAUUUUUUACGUCCAGUAUUGAUUUACAAUUAUAUGUUAUCUAUAUAUAAAAUACUAUGUUUUAUUUGCAUCUGCUGUAAAUAAAAGUAUUAUUUCUCCUUGUUUUGGGUAUUUUUUUCUUUUAAACUCCUUGCAUGAUCUAUUUGCUGCUAACCUUUUGGGAUGAAGUGUAUUGUCAAUUGGGGGUACCGUUCUUACGAAGAUUACAAUUUAAUCUUUCAUUUGAAACUCGCGAUUAUACUAAACAUAUAAUCGCGCCUACACAUGCUUGUUAUUUGCUGCAGACAACAAACCUUGCAAAACACUGAUCACAAUCACUCAAUACAAACGCGCAUCUUCAGGCUUGGCAAGUAGGUAUGCUAGUACAUUCCGGAUAGGCAAACAACAUCUUUUGAUUUGUGCAAAAAACCGACACCGACGGCGAACACAAACAGCAAACAGUAUAAAUAGGCAAACACUCAUCUACACGUUUGUGUUUGCUGUUCAUUUGCCAAGCGUGUGUAGGUGCCUUUACAUUCACGAGAGAGGUUUAAUUUUAUUGCAAAUAACAACAACUCGACAUUUGAUUGCAGAUAAGUUAUUUUUUUAUAUUGUAAUGCAUGACUGGUAUUGUUUCAAUCAAAAGUGUUUUGUGGGGUGUAGGUGUGUGUUUGUAUUUAUUUAUUAAAGUGAAACUGUUAUUAAAUUGCCGGUCCGCAUCUAGCCAGUGCGCCCGACCUGCGCCUGCGCCGCUUGCCGGCGGUGACCGAAGACAAUUUUGAGUUUUGCAGUGUAGACGAAGGACAGAAGAAGAACGAUACAAGCUUCUUGCUUCGAUACCAGCCACUCUGUACCUAAUAGGCAGCUUUACUAUGUUAGCCGUUUCAAAUUUGCUCAAGGAUAGAUGAUAAGUGAAAAUGAACCUUGUUAAUUUUGCCAUAAGACUAAUUUUUCGAUCAAAAGUAACUUCGUUUAGUAAGUUUGUUAAUUGUUGACUGUUUAAUGUUGCAAAUGACUCUUAACUUCUGAGUUAUACUUUUUUUACUGUACUUGAUUGAUACAAGACUCAAAUGUAGGUAUUUAUCUCAAACUUUUCACUAAUUGAGACUAUUUCGAUGACAGUUUGAAUGGUAUAGGUGGCGGAAAACUUCUUGAGCAAACUACAAAUAAUUAAACUUGCGCAGUAGAUUUUUUUGUAUGUAAAGUUGCUACUGCGCAGGCUUUCUUCUCUAUGGUCGUUGCUCAAAAAUUUAGCCGGGAUGUAUACAAAUUUUACUAUCUGAAUCCGUGUGCGAAUUAAUGAAUUUAAUUUUAAUUAUAUAAAUAAAUAGCCAAAUUUUAGUUUAAGUAAGAAAUGUCCUAAGCCUAAGUUGAAAAAAUGUCUUUUAAAUAUUUGCUCUCUAGUCAAAGAGUCUUGUGAUCAAUAAAGGUAAAUAACAAUCAAUGUAACAACUCAUAUCAUGUCAUUGUAACAUGUACUUUGAUAUUACGUAUAAUUUACCAUCAGUUUGUGACAUUAUUUAUUUAUUGUUAUCAAUUUACGCAUUUCGUUGGCAUUUUUUUAUAAAUUUAUUAUUAUCACCCGUAUUUAAGUCGUUAAAUACAGUUUUGAUUUUUUUUAUAUAUUAAGCGUUUUGUUAUAAUUAUAUCACGGUCUAGUAUAUCAAUG